AAUUGAUGAUAUGGAACCAAUUUCAUUCCGUGUUCAGUUUUGAUGGUUAUGGUGCUACUCAUGAUGGCUACUGCUGCUGCAAACGAAUACACCAACUACAUCGUUGGCGGCGAUGCUGGCUGGUUCUUCGAUCCCGUUACAAACGCCUCUGCUAGUAAAUUACACUUAUUGGGCCACAAAUCAAACCAUCAAUCUCAGCGACUAUCUCAGUCGACCUGCAAAAAAAUAGUUGCAGUCUCCAGGGAAGACGAUGGAGCUCAGGCAAGAUAACUUUGCAGUGUUGGGGUUUCAGUGAGAGGAGAAGGGGCUUCUGAUGGAGUUGCACGAGAGGAAACGGACAAAUUAAAUUUACCCUUUAUUAUCUAAACAGCGAAGACGAUGGAGCUCAGGCAAUUUUUUUUGCAGGUCAACCUGCUUUUCUCUUUCCCCUAUUAAAUUAUAAUGGAUUUU